GGCGCGCGGCGCGGCUCCGCGUGCGGCGGCGGUGAGGGCAGCUCCCGACCCCUUCCCUUCGGGACGGCCGGGACCGGGACCCGCCCCACCCGAGCGGCCCCGUUCCCUUCGGGACGGCCGGGACCGGGACCCGCCCCACCCGAGUGGCCCCGUUCCCUUCGGGACGGCCGGGACCGGGACCCCGCCCCACCCGAGCGGCCCCGUUCCCUUCGGGACGGCCGGGACCGGGACCCCGUCCCACCCGAGCGGCCCCGUUCCCUUCGGGACGGCCGGGACCGGGACCCCGCCCCACCCGAGCGGCCCCGUUCCUUCGGGACGGCCGGGACCCCGCCCCAUCGCGCUCCGUGCCGCACCUUGGAGCGCCUUCCCCUUCCCAGCCCGCUCCUCGCAGCGCUCCAGUUCCCGAGGCUGUUGGCUUCUCCUCGACCCCCGCCACCAUGUUUGUCCUGGUGGAGAUGACUGACACUGUAAGAAUUCCUCCCUGGCAGUUUGAAAGGAAACUGAACGAAUCUAUUGCUGAAGAGCUAAACAAGAAAUUGGCCAAUAAGGUUGUAUACAAUGUUGGGCUCUGCAUCUGUCUGUAUGAUAUCACAAAGCUGGAAGAUUCAUACAUAUUUCCUGGGGAUGGUGCAUCACAUACCAAGGUGCAUUUCCGCUAUGUGGUCUUCCAUCCCUUCCUGGAUGAGAUUCUGAUUGGACAGAUUAAAAGCUGCAGUCAGGAUGGCGUCCACGUUUCUCUUGGAUUCUUUGAUGAUAUUGUCAUCCCACCAGAAUCCCUGCAGCAGCCAGCUAAGUUUGAUGAAGCAGAGCAGGUGUGGGUGUGGGAAUAUGAGACAGAAGAAGGGGCCCAUGACCUUUACAUGGACAUUGGGGAAGAGAUCCGCUUCCGAGUCGUGGAUGAGACGUUUGUUGAUACGUCACCAACCGGUCCAAGCUCUGCAGAGGCUUCCACUUCAAAUGCUGCAGAAGAGGUCCAGAAGAAGGAGGCACCCUACACUCUUGUGGGAUCAAUCAGCGAGCCAGGCCUGGGACUCCUGUCAUGGUGGACAAACAGUUAGCUGCGAUCAGAGCCUGCUCCACAGAAAGUCUUUCCAAAGGGUGUUUGGGGGAUAAUGGGACCCUGCUGGUGCUCAUUGCUCUUCUGAAACUGAGUAAGAAAUUAGAUCUGCCAUUCUGUUUUCCCUUAAGCUUCCAAGCUGCCAGAAAGAGACAGUUGCUUUCAAGAAACAUCUUCACUGAAGUGCAGAAGUGAAUUUACAGGCACAAAAAGCCUUGAGCACAGCAGCUACAAACUCAGCUGGAGCUCUGGUCUCCUGCCCUGGAGGGAAAAUUCUGGAGCUCUUGGCUUGCCUGAAUCAAGGAAAGAGUUGACUUUAGUGAGUAAAGGCAGUAGAGAAUACCUAUUGAGAAGUACCACUCUUAGGCUGGGAGCUUGAUCUCAGAGCAGAAACCUGCCCUUCUUUUGACAGAAGAUGAAGAAGAAACAGCAAAAGACUUGAGUUAGUAGAGGUGUGGUACUCUGAGACCUGGAAAAUGCUGCUGCUGAGAGAGCAGGGGAGGUGGUGGUGAUGUUCUGCUAAGUUUGGGAACUUCACCCAUGGAUGAAGUUAGCCAGAAGGAACAGGAAUGACAGUUUACCCAAAAGUAACUCAGGCUUAGCGAAGAUGACCAGUAUAGAAAACUACAGGCUGUUUAUUGUGUUGAAUGGAAUUACUUUUUUGGGUGGGCUGUAUUUAUGCAGAAUGAGCUGAACUUUGCAGGAGUUUGACUGAAAAUAUGAAAUUAUGGACUGAAAUGGAUGAAGGCUGCUUUGAGCAAGCUAAAUCCUUGUUUGUGGGGGUUUUAAUACUGUAAGUGGAAUAAAUAGUAUAAACCACA